AUGACAACCUUACUUAAAAAUAAAUCUUCAUUUUUGCCACCAAUAAAUGGCACAAAUAAAUCUAGUUAGUACGAAAAACGCUUAAAUUAUUUAGGAGAAUAAAAAGAAUAGAAAUCUCCUGAUUUUUUUAAAGAUACUAGAGUAAAUAGUUGUUCUUAUAUAAAAGUCAAAGUAAAUGUCCCGUAAGCAGUCCCUUAUUAUACUUUAGCUAAUUAAUCAUAUGCAGAUAAAAUAACAAAAAGUACAUAUAUAAAUUCAUUAAAUAGUGAUGUUUAUAAAAUAAGACAAUUUUAACAUGCUGGAAUGAAAAAUAAAUUACUUGAACCAUAUUCUAUGAAUUCAUACAGAAACAGAUUACCUAUAAAAGAUGUAGAUUUAUAAUUUUAAAAUGCUACUUAGAUUGAACUUGGAAACAGAUAUUAAAAUGUUUCAAGAAGAUUUAUAAGCCAAUCUAAAAACACAUAUGGAAAUUUCGGAAAAUUUGACCCUGUUAGUAAUCCUGGAAUUAAUUCUAGAUGUACUAAAUGGCAUCAUUAUCUUUAAAGCAAAUGA